UUUCAAAACUUGUUUAUUUAUUAUUUUGUUUGCGUAAAAUUUAAUUAAUCACAUUAUUUUACUUGUAUAAUGUCUCAACAAUUAGAGUUAUUAACUGAAAAUCCGGCCCAGUGGUCAACGAUUUUGUAUGUAACACCAGAGAUACUGAAAAAGGAAAUCAAACCAUUUGUUGUUCUGGCCCUGAAAGAGUUGGAAGGUAAUCCUGACAGUAGGACAUCUAGUUUAAUGAACGCGGACAAGUUCUCAGCGGUCCGGUCUGUGGUGAGACACGUCACCAGGUCACGCUCUGCUACCAAGGAGGCCUGGAGUCAGGAAGAUAUUAAAACUUUUUUAGAAGGGUUAAGAUUCAGUCCAGACUGCGUUGCGGAGUUGACCUCACUGCUAUGUUUGGAAAAGAUGUACGAAAAUAUACCGAAACAUUUGAGAACGAAGCCCGGCCUCGUGAACUUGCAGUGGAGAAUAGAUCUUUCCUUAAGUCAAUCCAACAUAGCUUCAGAAAACGCCGAUCCUGAAAGAUCUAAAGAGAUCAUGCGAAGAGAUACCCAUGUGAUAUUAAUGUUAACGCUUACAAACGGACAAACAAACACAUAUAGAUUAUCUAUAAGUAAAUUCCACGAGUUAAGGUACACUAUAGCGUCUGCACUGAAGAAUAUGAUCGUUUUGGAGAAGCGGAGCUGCAUGAGGAAGGAAUGACAAUGGCUUUCGCGGGGGUAGUGGGUUCAUAGUUGUUACAAACUGGAUGAAACCCCAAGGGGGCUGAAAGUCCCUUUCUGUGGGGGUGACCGGUAAAAGAAAAGACAGUUUGUUGUUAUAUAUUGUACAUAUAUAAAAGGAUACUUACUUGGAUAAUAAUCCACGGUGGUUCAAA